UCAGUGCUGGUUGGAGGGACUGGAGGGGCGCGGAUCCCGCCGAGCAGAGGGUUCCCACAGGAGGCAGAGCCGGCUGCCAUGGCGCUGGUGGAGCCUGUGAUCUGGGGCUUCAGACGAGAUAUCUACCUCCUGUUGCUGCUGCUACUGUUGCUGCUACCGCCCUGGGUGCCGGCUGGAUUAGUUCCUUCAGAGACCCCAAGUGUCUGUGCCUCAGACCCAUGUGCUCCAGGGACCAAGUGCCAGGCUACAGAAAGUGGUGGAUAUACCUGUGAGCCCUUGGAACUUGGAGGCUGUGCUACUCAACCAUGCCACCAUGGUGCACUGUGUGUGCCCCAGGGCCCAGAUCCUGACGGCUUCCGCUGCUACUGUGUGCCUGGCUUCCAGGGUCCUCACUGUGAACUGGACAUUGAUGAGUGUGCAUCCCGGCCAUGCCACCACGGGGCCACUUGCCACAACUUGGCAGAUCGCUAUGAGUGUUACUGCCCCCUGGGCUAUGCAGGCGUGACCUGCGAGGCCGAGGUGGACGAGUGCUUGUCAGAGCCGUGCCUGCACGGAGGCUCGUGCCUGGACGGUGUGGGCUCCUACCGCUGCGUAUGCGCGCCGGGAUAUGCCGGCGCUAGCUGCCAGGUGGACACAGACGAGUGCCAGAGUCAGCCGUGUGCUCACGGUGGCGUUUGUCACGACCUGGUCAAUGGUUUCCGGUGCGAGUGCGCGGACACGGGUUACGAAGGCACACGCUGCGAGCAGGAGGUGCUGGAGUGCGCCUCCGCGCCCUGCGCGCACAACGCGUCCUGCCUCGACGGCCUCCGGAGCUUCCGCUGCCUCUGUUGGCCAGGCUUCAGUGGAGAGCGGUGCGAAGUGGACGAGGAUGAAUGUGCCUCGGACCCCUGUUAUAAUGGGGGCCGGUGCUUGCAGCGCUCAGACCCAUCCCUGUAUGCGGGUGUCCAGCCCACCUUUGCGGGAGCCUUUAGCUUCAGCCACGCUGCUGGCUUCGUUUGUAGCUGUCCUCAGGGCUUUGCCGGGGAUGACUGCAGCGUGGAUGUGGAUGAGUGUGUCUCAGAGCCAUGCCUCAACGGAGGCAGCUGCCAGGACCUGCCCAAUGGUUUUCAGUGCCACUGCCCGGAUGGAUACACAGGCCUGACAUGUCAGGAAGACAUGGACGAAUGCCAGUCGGAACCGUGCCUGCAUGGUGGAACCUGCAGCGACACUGUAGCAGGCUACAUCUGCCAGUGCCCCGAGGCCUGGGGUGGACAUGACUGUUCUGUGCAGCUCACAGGCUGCCAGGGCCACACCUGCCCACUGGUUGCCACCUGUAUCCCCACGUUCAAGUCUGGACUGCACAGUUAUUUUUGCCGCUGCCCACCGGGGACCCAUGGGCCUUUCUGUGGCCAAAAUACCACCUUCUCGGUUGUGUCUGGGAGUUCUGUGUGGGCCUUGGUGCCAGCUGGUGCCACCCUGGGCCUGGCACUGAGGUUUCGUACCACACUGCUUGCCGGGGCCCUGGCUACUCUCAAUGACACUCAGGACAGCUUGGAGCUGGUACUGGUGGGGGCCACGCUCCAAGCCACACUCUGGAGACACAGUACUGCUGUCCUCAUCCUUACACUGCCAGACCCGCCCUUGAAUGACGGUCAUUGGCACCGCAUGGAGGUGGCACUCCGCCUGGGAACCCUGGAACUGCGGCUCUGGCAUGAGGGAUGUCCUGACCAGCUCUGUGUGGCUUCUGGUCCUGUGGCUACAGGUCCCACAGCCUCAGUGGUCUCUGGACUUCCUGGGCCCUACUCCAUCCAUUUGGGUGGCUGGGCCUUUGCCGGCUGCUUCCAGGAUGUGCACGUGGAAGGACACCUUCUACUGCCUGAAGAACUCAACGGAAAUGUGCUCCUGGGGUGCAAGCGCACAGAACCAUGCCAACCUCUGCCCUGUGCCCAUGGAGGGACCUGCGUGGACCUGUGGACUCACUUCCGCUGCGACUGCCCGAGACCUUAUCAUGGGCCCACGUGCACUGAUGAGGUUCCUGCUGCCACCUUUGGCUUAGGCGGGGCCAUGAGCUCAGCCUCCUUCCUGCUCCACCAGCCGCUAGGCCCAAACCUCACUGUUUCUUUUUUCCUCCGCACUCGCGAGCCUGCUGGCGUGCUGCUCCAGUUUGCCAAUGAUUCAGUCACUAGCCUAACUGUGUCCCUGAGUGAGGGACAGAUACAGACUGAGGUGCUGGGUCAUCCUGCUGUGAUCCUCCCUGGGCGCUGGGACGAUGGACUCCGCCACUUGGUGAAGCUCAGCUUUGGGCCCGACCAGCUGUGGGACCUGGGCCAGCGGCUGUAUGUUGGUGGGGGCCUCUCCCCUGAUGACACCCUGCCCUGGGGUGGGCCCUUCCGAGGCUGUCUCCAGGACCUACAACUCAACGGCCUCCAGCUCCCUUUCUUUCCUUCACUGAUGGAGAACUCAAGUUGGUCCAGCGAGCUGGAUGCUGGCCUGUCCUCCAACCUCACCCAGGGCUGUGAGUCUGAGGACAUGUGUAAUCCCAACCCCUGUGUCAAUGGUGGAACUUGCCACGUUACCUGGAAUGAUUUCUACUGCACCUGCUCUGACAACUUCACAGGGCCCACCUGUGCCCAGCAGCGGUGGUGCCCCAGACAGCCUUGCCUGCCUCCCGCCACCUGUGAGGAGGUUCCUGAUGGCUUUGUGUGUGUGGCGGAGGCCACGUUCAGCGAGGGCCCUCCUGCUGUGUUCAGUGGCCACAACGUGUCCUCGUCUCCUGCACUCAGCGUGCUCACUCUGGACUUCCGCACACGUGACCCGGACGCUGGGCUCUUACGGGCCUCCUCGGACACCCGCUCUGGUGGUAUCUUGCUGGCGGUGCACAACGGCUCGCUGGCAGCCGAGGUGGCGGGCUCGGUGCUGCCCGCGCCGGGGCCACACGUGGCCGAUGGCACUUGGCAUAGGGUGCGUCUGGCCCGGGAGCUCCCACAGGCUGCUGCCUCGCGCUGGCUGCUAUGGCUGGACGGCACGGCGACGCCCAUGGCUUUGCAAGGCUUGGGUGGCGAACUGGGCUUUUUGCAGGGCCCGGGUGCAGCGAGCUUGCUACUGGCCGAGAACUUCACGGGUUGCCUGGGCCGUGUGGCGCUCGGUGGCCUCCCGUUACCCUUGUCGUCGCCUCGGCCCAGCGCAAUGCGGGGGGCGCGCGAGCAUUUCGUGGCCUGGCCCGGGCCUCCAGCUGUGCGCCUGGGCUGCCAUGGUGCGCCCGUGUGCACGCCCUCGCCCUGCCUGCACGGAGGCACCUGCCACGACCUCUUCGAUGUUUCUGUCUGCUCCUGCGGCCCCGCCUGGGAAGGACCUCGCUGUGAGGUCCGCGCCGACCCUUGUCGCUCAUCGCCCUGUGUCCGGGGUCAAUGCCACGCGCGCCCUGACGGCCGCUUCGAGUGCCGCUGCCCUCCAGGUUUCUCGGGCCCGCGCUGCAGGUUGCCUAUCCUGCCUCAGGGAUGUACUCUCAACUCCACCUGCAAGGAUGGCACCCCCUGUGAGGGUGGCCCUUUAGGCACCAACUGCAGUUGCCAGGAAAGCCUUGCUGGCCUGAGAUGUCAGAGUCUUGACCUACCCUGUGAAGCCAGCCCUUGCUUGAACGGAGGCACCUGCCGGGCUGCUAGUGGCACAUUUGAAUGCACUUGUAGUGCAGGAUUCUCUGGCCAGUUCUGUGAAGUGGUGAAAAGCCUGCCUCUGCCCCUGCCAUUCCCGCUGCUGGAGGUAGCAGUGCCUGCAGCCUGUGCCUGCCUCCUCCUCCUCCUCCUGGGUCUCCUCUCAGGGAUCCUGGCUGCCAGAAAGCGCCGGCAAUCUGAGGGCACUUACAGCCCAAGUCAGCAGGAAGUGGCUGGGGCCCGUCUGGAGAUGGACAGUGUCCUCAAGGUGCCACCAGAGGAGAGACUUAUCUAGGUUUGUCUGGCUGCUGGUGCCAUGCCCUGAAGGUCCUACACAGUCACUGCAUGACUUCUACCUGGAGAUCCAAGGAGACUGU